AUGCCCUCUCCCUCUGGAAGCUCAAGAGCCCUGGGGAAAAGUGGGGAGUGGAGCAAGGGCCUUCACCGUGCUUCCCUUCCCAACAGCCGCAUCCAGGUGAGACUAGGAGAGUACAACAUCGAAGUCGUGGAAGGGAACGAACAGUUCAUCAACGCGGCCAAGAUCAUCCGCCACCCCAAGUACAACAGCUGGACCCUGGACAAUGACAUCUUGCUGAUUAAGCUCGCCUCGCCUGCAGUCAUCAAUGCCCGGGUGUCCUCCAUCUCCCUGCCCAGGGCCAGUGCUCCUGCUGGCACCCUGUGCCUCAUCUCUGGCUGGGGCAACACCCUGAGCUCUGGCAGCAACUACCCAGACCUGCUGCAGUGCCUGGAAGCCCCGCUGCUGAGUCAGGCUGAGUGCGAGGCCUCCUACCCUGGGGAGAUCACCAAGAACAUGGUCUGUGCCGGCUUCCUGGAGGGAGGCAAGGACUCCUGCCAGGGUGACUCUGGGGGCCCUGUGGUCUGCAAUGGACAGCUCCAGGGAAUUGUCUCCUGGGGCUAUGGCUGUGCCCAGAAGAACAGGCCUGGAGUCUACACCAAGGUGUCCAACUACGUGGACUGGAUUCAGCAGACCAUCGCUGCCAACAGCUAAAGCCCUCGGUCUCUCUGCUAUCACUAUGCUAAUAAACUGACCCUGCGCAACCA